AUGAGCCUUUGCCCUACAUCACGACAAUGGACUCAGCUGCCAAAAUAUAUAGCAGGGUCAUGCAGAUUACAUAGAACAACGUCACAGCUCCUCCAUCAUCGGCAAAUUCGCACUGCAACCACUGCCGCAGAAUCCCAAAGCUCAGGAGAAACCUCGUCUUUGAGGUACCCCAACCCUCCCUCGAGGGAGCAUUCUGAUAUCCCGAGCUACUUGUCAUAUGUCGAGCGUACAGGCUUGGACACCACUACCACUACCUACGUGGGCACUCAUUAUGAAUAUACUGUAGCCCAUACGCUUGAGAGAUUCGGUUUUGAGUUGCGACGCGUCGGCGGCUCUGGCGACCAUGGCAUCGAUUUGCUAGGGACAUGGUCUGUUCCCUCAACACCCACGCCUCUGCGCGUCUUGUUACAAUGUAAAGCCUCGUCUGUCGCCUCAACAGCUAGGAUUGGUCCCGCAACCAUUCGUGAACUUGAAGGAGCAUUCGUUGGUGCCCCUCCUGGGUGGCGUGGCGGCAAUGUGGUCGGGCUUCUGGUCACCCAGAAAACCGCAACCAAAGGCGUGCUCAGGACCGCCAACCCCUGGAAGGUCGUGAUGAUCCUUGAAGAACUCGGGCUUCCUUACAAUCAGGUUUUCGUCGACCUGGCCGUUAUCAAGCAAGAGCCUUUUACCAAGAUUAAUCCCAACGGCCGAGUACCUGCCAUCGAGGACCCAAACACGGGGAUUACGCUCUGGGAGAGCGGUGCCAUCGUUGAAUAUCUAGUGGAUACUUACGACAAGGACCACAAGAUCAGCUCAGCCUCUUUCCCCGAAAAGUACCACGAGAAGCAGUACCUGGCAUUCCAGAUAUCCGGCCAGGGCCCCUACUACGGCCAAUACGCCUGGUUCAAGAUGUUCCACCCUGAGAAGGUCGAAAGCGCAAUUCAGCGCUACCAAGAAGAGACAUUCCGCGUGGUCAGCGUGCUGGAUAACAUCCUUGAAGGAAAAGAAUAUCUGGUUGGUAAUAAGGCUUCGUACGCCGAUAUUGUCUUUAUCGCUUGGGAGCAGGUCAUGCACUUUGUCCUCCCGGACCAGUUGGACCGCUACAAAGGUUUCAAAAACUACUGGGCGUGGUUCGAGAGGAUCACCGCUCGACCAGCUAUCCAAAAGACCAUCAAGUUGAAGGAGGAAGCCAUGGCUCAAGAGGCACACUGA